AUAAAUCUAAAUAAGCGAUUCUCAAACGCAAAUUUUUAUCAUUCUACUGAGAAGUGAGAGUCUCGCGUCUUUCUCUUCUCUCACUCGUUCAUAAACCCUAGAACCUGUUACUACUAAACGAAGCUUUCAAAACUUCUUCGUUCAAUCGCGAAAACGAAGAACAUGCUCUGAAACACUUCCAAAAUCUCAAUCAUUCAAAACCGUAUAAGUUGAUUAGAGUUGUUCAAGAUGUGGAACAACGGCCAGAUUGCGCCACCUGGAACUACGGUUCCUUCGAUUCCACCGCCUCAAGCUUCACAACCUUCGUACACGGUGCUUCCACCGCCUCCUCCUCCGCCUGUUGAGACUGAGGCCGAUGCAGAAGCACGGCUUGAAGAGAAGGCGAGGAAAUGGCAGCAGCUUAACUCGAAGCGUUAUAGUGAUAAGAGGAAGUUCGGGUUUGUUGAAACUCAGAAAGAGGAUAUGCCUCCUGAACAUGUUAGGAAAAUCAUCAGGGAUCAUGGUGAUAUGUCCUCUAAGAAAUUUCGUCAUGACAAACGUGUUUAUCUUGGAGCACUUAAGUUCAUACCGCAUGCAGUUUAUAAGCUCCUGGAAAAUAUGCCUAUGCCUUGGGAGCAGGUCCGAGAUGUGAGGGUUUUGUACCAUAUUUCCGGUGCUAUUACAUUUGUCAAUGAAAUACCGUGGGUUGUUGAGCCUAUUUAUCUUGCUCAGUGGGGUACAAUGUGGAUAAUGAUGAGAAGGGAGAAAAGGGAUCGUCGUCAUUUUAAAAGGAUGAGGUUUCCUCCAUUUGACGAUGAAGAGCCUCCACUUGACUAUGCUGAUAAUCUUUUAGACGUUGAUCCUCUAGAGCCGAUUCAGCUGGAGCUUGAUGAAGAGGAAGAUUCUGCCGUUUAUACUUGGUUUUAUGAUCAUAAGCCUCUUGUGAAAACAAAGCUUAUAAAUGGUCCUAGUUACCGAAAAUGGCAUCUUUCUCUUCCUAUAAUGGCAACUUUGCAUCGUCUUGCUGGGCAGCUUCUGUCUGAUCUAAGUGACAGAAAUUAUUUCUACUUGUUUGACAUGGAGUCCUUUUUUACAGCGAAGGCUCUGAACAUGUGCAUACCUGGUGGCCCUAAAUUUGAGCCUCUCUACCGUGACAUGGAGAAAGGAGAUGAAGACUGGAAUGAGUUUAAUGACAUCAACAAACUCAUUAUAAGGUCGCCACUUCGAACAGAAUAUAGAAUUGCUUUUCCCCAUCUUUAUAACAACAGGCCUCGUAAAGUAAGGCUUUGUAUUUACCAUACUCCCAUGGUUAUGUACAUAAAAACCGAAGAUCCCGACCUACCUGCAUUCUAUUAUGAUCCCUUAAUACACCCAAUAACCAGUGCUAACAAAGAGCGGCGUGAGAAGAAAGUCUACGACGAGGAUGAUGAUGAAGACUGGAUCUUGCCAGAUGGUGUGGAGCCUUUUCUUAAAGAUACACAACUUUAUACCGACACCACAGCUGCUGGAAUCUCCUUGCUUUUUGCUCCCCGUCCUUUUAACAUGAGAUCUGGCCGCAUGAGACGUUCAGAAGACAUUCCUCUUGUGUCGGAAUGGUACAAGGAGCAUUGUCCUCCAUCAUAUCCAGUUAAAGUCCGGGUUAGUUAUCAAAAAUUGCUCAAGUGUUUUGUGUUGAAUGAGCUGCAUCAUAGACCUCCUAAGGCUCAAAAAAAGAAGCACUUGUUCAGAUCACUUCAAGCAACAAAGUUUUUCCAGACUACAGAACUUGAUUGGGUUGAAGCAGGUCUUCAAGUUUGUCGGCAGGGGUACAACAUGUUGAAUCUGUUAAUACACAGGAAAAAUUUGAACUACCUUCACCUUGAUUAUAAUUUUAAUUUAAAGCCUGUCAAAACCCUGACUACAAAAGAGCGUAAGAAAUCACGAUUUGGUAAUGCAUUUCAUCUUUGUCGUGAGAUCCUUCGUUUGACGAAACUUGUGGUGGAUGCCAAUGUUCAGUUCCGUUUGGGUAAUGUUGAUGCUUUCCAGCUGGCAGAUGGCCUCCAAUACACUUUCUCUCAUGUUGGUCAAUUGACCGGUAUGUAUCGGUACAAGUAUAGGCUUAUGCGACAAAUUAGAAUGUGCAAAGAUUUGAAGCAUUUGAUUUACUACCGUUUUAACACUGGUCCUGUCGGGAAGGGGCCGGGUUGUGGGUUUUGGGCACCAAUGUGGAGGGUUUGGUUAUUCUUUCUUCGUGGUAUUGUGCCCCUUCUUGAACGAUGGCUUGGAAAUUUACUGGCACGACAAUUUGAGGGACGCCACUCUAAAGGAGUGGCGAAGACCGUCACUAAGCAGCGUGUUGAAAGUCAUUUUGACUUAGAGCUUCGAGCAGCUGUGAUGCAUGAUGUGCUUGAUGCCAUGCCUGAGGGUAUAAAGCAGAAUAAGGCAAGAACUAUAUUGCAACAUUUGAGUGAAGCUUGGCGUUGCUGGAAGGCAAAUAUUCCUUGGAAGGUUCCUGGUCUGCCUGUUCCCAUAGAGAACAUGAUCCUUCGAUAUGUGAAAUCAAAAGCUGAUUGGUGGACAAAUGUUGCUCAUUACAAUCGUGAGCGUAUCAGAAGAGGUGCAACUGUUGAUAAGACUGUUUGUCGCAAGAAUCUUGGAAGAUUGACACGUCUUUGGCUGAAGGCAGAACAGGAGCGCCAACACAAUUAUUUGAAAGAUGGCCCAUAUGUUACUCCGGAAGAAGCUGUUGCUAUCUAUACAACUACAGUCCAUUGGUUGGAAUCCAGGAAGUUUUCCCCUAUUCCAUUUCCACCUCUAUCAUACAAGCAUGAUACAAAGUUGCUUAUCCUUGCACUUGAGAGGUUGAAGGAAUCCUACAGUGUUGCAGUAAGAUUAAAUCAACUGCAAAGAGAAGAGUUGGGGCUGAUUGAACAAGCUUAUGACAAUCCCCACGAGGCAUUAUCAAGAAUCAAGCGGCAUCUUCUCACCCAACGUGCCUUCAAAGAAGUUGGAAUAGAAUUUAUGGAUUUAUAUAGCUACUUGAUUCCAGUAUACGAAAUAGAGCCUCUGGAGAAAAUUACAGAUGCAUAUCUUGAUCAAUAUCUGUGGUACGAAGGCGACAAACGUCAUCUCUUUCCCAACUGGAUCAAGCCAGCAGAUUCAGAGCCACCACCUCUUUUGGUUUACAAAUGGUGUCAAGGUAUAAACAAUUUGCAAGGCAUCUGGGACACCAGUGAUGGUCAGUGCGUUGUUAUGCUGCAGACCAAGUUUGAGAAGUUUUUCGAGAAGAUUGAUUUGACAAUGCUAAAUAGGCUUCUUCGUUUGGUUUUAGACCACAACAUUGCAGAUUAUGUCACUGCAAAAAACAAUGUUGUGUUGUCAUACAAGGAUAUGAGCCACACAAACUCAUAUGGUCUCAUACGUGGACUUCAGUUUGCAUCUUUUGUUGUUCAAUAUUAUGGCUUGGUAUUGGAUCUUCUGCUUCUUGGAUUGACUCGAGCAAGUGAGAUUGCUGGUCCACCGCAGAUGCCUAACGAGUUCAUUACUUAUUGGGACACCAAAGUUGAGACCAGACAUCCAAUUAGGCUGUAUUCUCGCUACAUAGACAGAGUUCACAUAUUAUUUCGCUUCACACAUGAGGAGGCUCGUGAUCUCAUUCAGCGAUAUCUCACCGAGCACCCUGAUCCUAACAACGAGAACAUGGUCGGGUACAAUAAUAAGAAGUGCUGGCCAAGAGAUGCACGAAUGAGGCUCAUGAAGCAUGAUGUCAAUCUUGGGAGAAGUGUCUUUUGGGAUAUGAAAAACCGUCUUCCUCGAAGUAUCACAACGCUGGAAUGGGAAAAUAGCUUUGUUUCAGUUUACAGCAAAGAUAAUCCAAACUUGCUUUUUAGCAUGUGUGGAUUUGAAGUAAGGAUACUUCCUAAAAUUAGAAUGACUCAAGAAGCCUUCAGUAACACAAGAGAUGGUGUCUGGAAUCUCCAGAAUGAACAAACAAAAGAAAGGACAGCUGUUGCUUUCUUGAGAGUUGAUGAUGAGCAUAUGAAAGUGUUUGAGAAUCGUGUGAGGCAGAUUCUUAUGUCUUCGGGUUCUACUACAUUCACGAAAAUUGUCAAUAAGUGGAAUACAGCUUUAAUAGGACUCAUGACUUACUUCCGAGAGGCAACUGUACAUACUCAAGAGCUGUUGGAUUUGCUUGUCAAAUGUGAAAAUAAAAUUCAGACUCGUAUCAAGAUUGGACUCAACUCAAAGAUGCCCAGCAGAUUUCCGCCUGUCAUUUUCUACACUCCCAAGGAAAUUGGAGGGCUUGGAAUGUUGUCCAUGGGUCACAUUUUGAUUCCCCAAAGUGAUCUACGUUACAGUCAGCAGACAGAUGUUGGUGUAACCCACUUCAGAAGUGGGAUGAGCCACGAGGAGGACCAGUUGAUUCCCAACCUUUAUCGUUAUAUACAGCCUUGGGAAAGUGAAUUCAUUGAUUCACAACGGGUUUGGGCUGAAUAUGCAUUGAAAAGGCAGGAAGCACAGGCACAAAAUAGACGCUUGACCCUUGAAGAUUUGGAAGUGAGUGCUCUGAAAUUGUGGUUUUUGGUGUCUUUGAACUGUGUUGUUGCAAUAAGUUCCCCCCCUAGUUUGACAUCUACUAAUUUACUGACUCUUGAUUGUCAUUGGCAGGACUCAUGGGACAGAGGAAUACCACGUAUUAACACUUUGUUUCAGAAGGAUAGACACACUUUGGCUUAUGAUAAAGGAUGGAGGGUGCGUACAGACUUCAAGCAGUAUCAAGUUUUAAAACAAAAUCCCUUCUGGUGGACACACCAGAGGCAUGAUGGGAAAUUGUGGAACUUGAACAAUUACAGAACUGAUGUUAUUCAAGCCCUUGGAGGUGUUGAAGGAAUUCUUGAACAUACUUUAUUCAAAGGAACAUAUUUUCCAACCUGGGAAGGUCUCUUCUGGGAAAAGGCGUCAGGUUUUGAGGAAUCUAUGAAGUAUAAGAAGCUCACCAAUGCACAGAGAUCUGGUCUCAACCAGAUACCCAACCGUAGAUUUACGCUUUGGUGGUCACCAACCAUUAACCGAGCCAAUGUUUAUGUUGGUUUCCAAGUGCAGCUUGAUCUGACUGGUAUUUUCAUGCACGGAAAAAUUCCAACCUUGAAGAUAUCUCUUAUUCAGAUAUUCAGAGCUCACUUGUGGCAGAAGAUCCAUGAGAGUGUUGUGAUGGAUCUUUGCCAGGUUUUGGAUCAAGAGUUGGACGCUUUGGAGAUUGAAACUGUCCAGAAGGAAACAAUCCAUCCUAGGAAGAGUUACAAAAUGAACAGUUCUUGUGCGGACAUCCUCCUCUUUGCUGCCCACAGAUGGCCUAUGUCAAAGCCUAGUCUUGUAGCUGAAUCUAAGGAUGUUUUUGAUCAGAAGGCAAGCAAUAAGUAUUGGAUUGAUGUUCAGCUUCGAUGGGGUGAUUAUGAUUCUCACGAUAUUGAGCGUUACACUCGGGCUAAAUUUAUGGAUUACACAACAGACAAUAUGUCGAUAUACCCAUCUCCUACUGGGGUUAUGAUUGGCCUUGAUUUGGCAUAUAACUUGCAUUCUGCAUUUGGGAACUGGUUCCCUGGAUCAAAGCCACUACUUCAGCAGGCCAUGAAUAAGAUUAUGAAGUCAAAUCCAGCAUUGUAUGUUUUGAGGGAGCGAAUCAGGAAAGGUUUGCAGUUGUACUCUUCUGAGCCCACUGAACCAUAUUUGUCUUCCCAGAACUAUGGAGAGAUAUUCAGCAACCAAAUCAUAUGGUUUGUUGAUGACACCAAUGUGUAUCGUGUUACAAUUCACAAGACUUUUGAAGGAAAUCUUACAACAAAACCCAUCAAUGGUGCCAUUUUUAUUUUCAAUCCAAGGACUGGGCAGUUGUUUCUUAAGGUUAUUCAUACAAGUGUAUGGGCUGGUCAGAAGCGUCUUGGCCAACUGGCAAAGUGGAAAACUGCAGAAGAAGUUGCAGCUCUUGUCAGAUCUUUGCCUGUAGAAGAACAGCCAAAGCAGAUUAUUGUUACUCGUAAAGGAAUGUUGGAUCCUUUGGAGGUCCACUUGCUGGAUUUCCCUAAUAUUGUUAUCAAAGGAAGUGAGCUGCAGCUUCCUUUCCAAGCAUGUUUGAAGAUUGAGAAAUUUGGGGAUCUUAUUUUGAAGGCCACAGAACCACAAAUGGUUUUAUUCAACAUUUAUGAUGACUGGCUAAAAAGCAUUUCCUCAUACACUGCAUUCUCCAGGCUGAUUUUGAUUCUACGUGCACUUCAUGUGAAUAAUGAAAAGGCAAAGAUGUUACUGAAGCCUGACAAAUCUAUCGUCACUGAACCUCAUCACAUCUGGCCUUCUCUAACUGAUGACCAGUGGAUGAAGGUGGAGGUUGCAUUAAGAGAUCUUAUACUUUCCGAUUAUGCAAAGAAAAACAAUGUGAACACUUCAGCUUUGACUCAGUCUGAAAUUCGUGAUAUUAUACUUGGAGCUGAGAUUACUCCACCUUCACAACAGCGGCAACAGAUUGCAGAGAUUGAAAAACAGGCACAUGAAGCAAAUCAGGUGACAGCUGUGACAACAAAGACUUCAAAUGUUCACGGUGAAGAACUUAUAGUAACCACCACUAGUCCCUAUGAGCAAGCUGCUUUUGGUUCGAAGACUGAUUGGCGUGUCAGAGCAAUAUCAGCCACAAAUUUAUACCUUCGAGUAAACCAUAUAUAUGUGAACUCCGAGGAUAUAAAGGAAACUGGUUAUACCUAUAUCAUGCCGAAGAACAUUUUGAAAAAGUUUAUAUGCAUAGCAGAUCUCCGAACGCAAAUUUCUGGGUACUUAUAUGGUGUAAGUCCUCCCGACAAUCCUCAGGUUAAAGAAAUCCGGUGCAUUGUGAUGCCACCGCAAUGGGGGACUCAUCAACAAGUCCAUCUCCCAUCAGCUCUCCCAGAACAUGAUUUCUUGAAUGAUUUGGAACCUUUGGGAUGGAUGCAUACUCAACCAAAUGAACUUCCACAGUUGUCGCCUCAGGAUCUCACUUCACAUGCUAAGGUCCUAGAAAACAAUAAGCAAUGGGAUGGGGAGAAGUGUAUCAUCUUGACUUGCAGUUUUACUCCGGGUUCCUGUUCUUUAACCGCAUAUAAACUAACUCCAUCUGGUUAUGAAUGGGGGCGUAUUAACAAGGAUACUGGUAGCAACCCACAUGGCUACCUUCCUACUCAUUAUGAGAAGGUUCAGAUGCUCCUCAGUGACCGCUUCCUUGGUUUCUACAUGAUGCCUGAUAAUGGUCCAUGGAAUUACAACUUCAUGGGAGUGAAGCACGCACCAGGGAUGAAGUAUGGAGUGAAGCUUGGGACCCCUAGGGAGUAUUACCACGAAGAUCAUAGACCAACACAUUUCUUAGAGUUCAGCAAUAUGGAGGAAGGCGAGAGAAUUGCUGAGGGAGAUCGAGAGGAUACAUUCUCUUAAGAUAUAAAAUGUUAAGGUUUAUUUUGAGAUACAAUACAAGUUGGCAGAUCCUAUAAUUUCUGAAACUUAUCAUAACAUGUUGUAUUGGCUACCCGUUUGUACGUCCUAAAGAUUUUGUAGUAGUAUCACAGUUUUGUAAAUAACUACAGGCGGAAUAUACUAACUUGCCGUUGCUUGUUUGAGCUAUUUUCCAUUAUGCUUGCUUGAGUCAUUGCUAUUGAAGUAGAACAUUUGUCUCAGCUUAUAUAUUAUUAUACAUCUGCAAUUAUUAUUUGUA